UUUAAGUAUUUUUUGUGACUGUGUGAAAAUGCGUGAUCAUCCAACGGUGCCAAAUGUGUUUCGCGUGGCUUCCACGCACAGCAUCAACAGCAUCAGUACGCUGCCCACGCCACGCAGCAGCAGCAGCCAGCAGCAGCAACAGCAACAGCAACAUUGCAAUAGCAUCAUAAAGUAUAAACAAAGCAACAGCUACGAACAGCAGCAACAGCAACAGCAACCGCAACAACUUGUUAGCUACAGCGCACAGUACAGCAGAAGCAACAGUUACGAGCAACAGCAACAGCAGCAGCAACAGCAACAGCAACAUGCUGAUGCACAGCAGCAAUUGGGCAAACAUCAGCUGACAACGAGCGCUUCGAUCGAGCACAGUUAUCCGCCGCAACAGCAGCAGCAAUCGCCAUAUGCAACAUUGCCACGCGGUUGCCUUAAGCGCACCCCACAACAACAACAACAGUUGCAGCUACAGCAGCAGCAACAGACGGGCGUCAUCAAUACAAUUUCGGGCAGCAUUCCGGCGACAGGAUUUGGCAGCAUUAGCAGCUUGAGCGAUUUGCAGUUUAAUAAUGUGCAGCUCAACAACAGCAACAGCAACACCAAUAACAACAAUAACAACAAUAGCAGCAGCAACAACAAUGCGAAUGAAACACGACAACAGCAGCAGAGACAACAGCGUACUGUCACCAUCACAACACCAACAAAAGAGGCAGCAGCAGCAACUGUUGCUGACAAUCAGUCGCAUCAACAGCAACAGCAACAACAUCAGCAACAACAACAACAAGAAGGCAAAGUCAGCGCGAGUGGCAAAGCCAAAAGUGGUUACCUGUGGCUGUUGACACCUGUUGCAGCCAGCAUUUCGGUGGCAAUUGUUAUAGCCGCAUUGGCCGGCCCCCAAUGGCUCUAUACGGAGGAGAAGCUGCCCAAUGCAAAAUAUAAUGGGACGCCGAAUUUCAAGGCACUCGACGAUGGCGUCUACCUAACCAAAUACACCAAGUCCAGCCUCUGGAUAUUGUGCACAACGCUGCCAGGCAAGGAUGUCGACACAUACAACUGCGUCAAAAUUGAUUACUUUCCCCAGGAGGGAUAUCAACCGGAUCCGCACGACUCGACGCCAGCGAUACCCUAUACGGUAACCAAGUCGUGUCCCAUCUUCCUGGGCGCUGGCAUUGUGCUAGUCAUCAGCUUUAUCAUCUUUCUGAUCCCCACGUGCUCGCAUCGCAACAGUCUCUACUAUUUCACUGCUGGCAUCCUCUUCAUUGUGAGUGGACUGAUUAUGCUGAUCGGUUUGAUAGCCUAUAUAUCGAUACUAAAAGCAGAGAUCGGUUCGAAGUUGCGACCUCGUUCUCCGCUGCAACCUGCGCUCUUCAAGGUUACCUACGGUCAGAGUUUCUUUCUAUUCGUAUUUGGCUUUAUUGCCACCGAAUUUGUCGGUGUGCUCAACAUCUUUCUGUACAUUCAUCUGCAGGAAUUCAGUUAUUACAGCCGUUUGCCCUGCUUCAGCGUGGCCAACAUACAUGCCAAGAUCCAGGAGGAGCAGUCGCAGCAGCAGCACGCUCGCACACAUUCCUACAAGCGCUACAGGCAACCAGGCAACGCUGCAGCGCUGGCAUCCUCGGAGGAGUCGCUCAAUGCAUCCGCCAAGCAGCAGCAGCAGUCGCGUGAUCCGCUGCAGCCGCAGCAUCAGCAGCAGGAGCAGCUGUAUCAACAGUUUCUGCUGCGCUCGAUGAACGCUCGCUUGCAUCAAGUGCACGAUGCGGGUCGCGGUCCGUUGCCUGCAACGUGCAACACGCAAACACUGCCCGGUGGCUAUGCGUGCCGCAAGCAUCCCAAUGCUGCUGCUGCUCCUCCUGCUGCUGCUGCUGCUGCUGGUGGUGGUGGCGGCUCCAAUUUGAAUCUGUAUUUGCACAAUGACCUGGAGCGACGCUUCUUCUUCGAGAAGCCGGCGGUGUCCAAGUGCAAUCUGCAUUCGCGCAGCUUUGCCAAGUCGCUGAACGAGCUGUGCAUGGAGCCAACGCCAGCACCAGCGGCAACACGUUUGCCGUUGCAUGCCACAUUGCCGCUACCCGCACCGCCGGCGACGUUUGCUGAUUUGCCACAGGAGUUUCCACUCACUCGCUCCGUCUCGACGGCCACCGACAUCUUCAAUCCGAGUGCCCAGCUGCAGCGCAAACAGCAACGCAACAUGGCCACCAACACACAGCACUUGCCACGCAAUCGCGGCGAGGAGCACGAUGAAGAAGACGACGACAUGACCGAGGCACGUCUCUGCGGCUUGAAGCGUGGUCUCCGCAAAACCAAGGACGAGCUCUUCAACGAGUUCUGCAAGCGAGCCGGCAUGCGAGCCAAGCCCAAGAACAUCUACUACAUCCCUAGCGAAGAUUCUGUGGAGUCGCCAGAGCCGCCACUGCCGUCGCAUUCGUCGAAGCGACGCUCCCACGAGGAGAAUUCGCAUGAUCGCAGCAACAACAACAACGAUGAUGAUGCCGAUGGCGAUGACAACGGAUUUCGGCAGUUUCGAUCGCCACCUGGCGUCACUCUAGACGGCGAUCAUCUCUACGUAGUGACCGAUCCCGGACAAUUUACAAUGCCGCGCCGCAGCUCGAUGUGCGUCGAUCCGAUGCCAGCGAUGCCGAUGCCACAGCUGCGCAAACUCAACUCGAAUCUGUCACUGCACACGCCACAAUCCGAGAUUUGGCCAUGGGCCUCACAGCAGCGCCUCGCCUCGGAGCAUGGCCAGAGUCGGACGCUCCCACGGUGCUUUAUGCGUCAGCCGGCUGGCAGCCAGGACAGUUUGGGUUCGCUGCAGAGCAGCUUCAGUGCGAGCCAGCAGCGUUUCACUCAGCUAAUGCAACAGCAUCAGCAGCAGUUGCAGCAACAGAAUCGUUAUCUCUCAACGUUGACGCUGCCAUUGCCGUUGCCUCCUCGGCCCAACGAGGAUUUGUUGCCAGCAUCAAAGCCAUCUCAAGCCAGUAAAUCGGGCGUUCAAUGGCCAGCAGCGAUUCCCUCGUCGCCAUCGAACUAUGGUCACGGCUCAAGCGCCAAUGCGAACAUCUAUCAUCAUCCGCAGCCGUUGUAUGUGGCCAACAAUGCGGCGCCUCCAGUUGUGAGUGCUCAGGUGCAUCCACCCAAGUUUCAGCGCGCUUACGCCUUCGAUGAUGCGCAGCGACGUGCGAGCUUUGCGGUCAGCGAUGCCUUCGAUCUCGAUGAACUCGAGCGCGAACGUCGUCGCUCCCAUGCCAGUCUCUUUGCCGGCAUCAAUAUGCCACAAUCGCAAUCGCAACAGCAACAGCAACCACAAUCUCAACAGUCCCAAUCUCAAUAUCGCGAGGUCUACGACGUCAUCAAUGGGACUGCAGUUUAAUGAGCGCGAAGUUUAAUUAAUGUUUGAGAAGAUAACUUCUAACUUAAUCGUCUCUGCUAUCAACGAUUUCCAUUCCAUUCAAGACACUCAUUCACUCAUUCCUUUCACAUCUCUUUUCGGCUUUAAGUCUUUACGAAUCUUCGAUUUCAAUUGUCUGCGUGUUUCACGAAUUAACGAAGUAUUUAAUAGACGUCCAUAUAUAUAUAUGUUUAUCGAUAUUGAAUGCAGUUAUAACGUUACUUAUUAUAGAUGGUAAAUAAUAUUGAUUUUAAAUGGCAACCUCCAAAAUGUUCGAUUCUACUUUUUCCUGUUGACAAUAUUCUCGUUAAAAUGAAUACUUAAUACAAAUGGCAAUCCCCGAUUUGUCGAUUCUUACUCGAUUUCUUCGCCCCCGAUUACUCUUUCGAUUACUGAUCUCUUGCCAGCAAUAUUACAAUAGUAUGUGUUAAUCGACAAAAUGAGUCCAAAUUGACGUCCAUAUUUAGAUAUCAAUUCAAUGUAAAUGUUUUCAACGAUAUAUCGCAUAUAGAGGAUAUUCAGAUGUUCCAUAACUUUCAAUUAAAUGUCGUUUUGAUCAAUGUGAUAAGUGUGUUAUCGAUAAUCAUGUGUUGCAUGUUGCAUUAUUCAAAUACGCCUCACAGUUUGCCGAGGUUUCGUUUUAGUAAUUAAGAGCGUUACAUAAAAUAUAUGUAAGUACUAAAUGUUUAAUUGGCGACAUGCUAACAUAUUUUACGUGUUAUCGAUCAGCUAUUCAAUCGAUAACUCUAUGUUGAGUAACCAAUUUUACAAGUUAUCGAUCUGCUAUUUUAUAGAUAAUUUUAUGCUGAGUAACCUAUUUUACGUGUUAUCGAUCAGCUCUAUUUUUCUCAAUUUUCAUUGUACUUCGAGAUU